UAAGCACGGGGGCAUGCGCUUGGUUGGUUACGAAGUCUAAGCCCUGAUCCGGCUUUGCAUCGAUCGUUCGAGCUCGGGCGUCAUGACGCCGCCGGCCUUGCUUCCUAGGGCGAGCGCCGUGCGACCUCUUGCCCCAGCCUCUUCUUCCCCCCUCCGCGCGCGCGUCGUCGCGGCCGCCCGAACGCCCCUCGCGCCGCCACGCACGGCGCGUCCCGUGUCGCUGCUCUGCACCCCGCGCCGCAACGUGGACACCGCCGCCGCCGGUGGCGCUGACACGAAAUCUUACUGGUGGCCGUGGGGGGACGAGGACCCUCCCAAGUACGUGGAGGAGGGCAUCGUGGAAACCCACCGCAGGUUCGUGCGCGAGUCCAGGGAGGCGGUGGCUGCGCUCAAGGCCGCGGCCGCCGACGCGUGCCGCGCGCUCGUCGACAACUUCGGCGACAUCCGCUCUCUCAAGACCGUCUACGACGUCGAGGACGACCACAUCGACAUGCCAUUCGGUGUGCUUGUUGCAUGCAUCGGUUGCUAUCAACUCUGGAAGCUAGACCCCUCAACAUUUCUAGAUGUUGUACUGGGUUACGCAUUCUACAGGCUAAGCGUCUUAGGGUCUCACGUCCGGAGACAGGGGUUCUCGAAUGACCUGUUCGGGCAGCUCAAGUUCGUUAUUGUCAUAAUCAUGGCCGUGAAAGAUUUCAGGAAAAAUCUUGCUCUCAUUGAUGCUAUCAGGACACCCGUUUAUGCCUUCUAUGUCAUAUCAUUCCUUCAAGACAUAAGUGGUCAGAAGAAGUAUAGCAAAUAUUAUUUGGCUGUGGUUAUAGAACUACUAAAAACUGAGGAGGGCAGAGGCAAGCUAGUGAGUUGUUUCUAAAUGUUGAUCCUGCUAGUGGAGUGGCCGUCUUUUCUCCAAGGUCAUCGAUGAUAAGUGCUCCAUAUUCCAUAUGAUUAUCAGAUCGAACAAUGUACUUGUUAUGGAGUUAUUUCUGAAUGUUUGCGACAUGUAUAUAGUGAAGUGAUCUCAGCCUUCUCUCAAGUAUGCUACAUAGGAUCGACAGAGAGGAGUUUGUUUCUCUUAUGUUAUGUGUAGAGAUGAUCUCUCGGUGUCUAAGAGGAGAAGUAUUUUAUUAUGCACAAUUUUCUAACUAAAACUCAAUCA